UGGGGAGAUAAACAAGCGCUUUCAAAACAACUCCAGGUGUAAAAACUGAAAUCUGUGUGAUACACUUUUGACAACAUGCAGAUAAUUAAAGAAGAGAGUGAAGACAUGAGUUGGGCAGAAGUAUGCAGGAUUAAAAAUGAAGAUACAACGGAACAAAGAGGCCUGUUUGAAUUGAAAGAGGAAAGUGAAGAACUUGAAGUGGAGGAGAAACAUCAGUAUCAUAAACCUCAUAAUUUCACAACUGGGGAAAAAUAUUUUAACUGCUCACAGACAGCAAAGAAGUUAUCACAAAAAACAACAGGAACCAAAAAUUAUUUGAUCUGCUCUCAGUGUGGAAAGACUUUCAGCAAGAAAUCAAACCUUAAAACGCACAUGAGAAUUCACACUGGGGAGAAGCCUUUCACAUGCGAUCGGUGCGGGACGAGUUUCAAAUUUAAAAGUGGACUUGACCAACACAUGAGACAUCACACUGGAGAGAAGCCUUACACAUGCUUACUGUGUGGGAAGAGCUACAAAUGGAAAAGUGGACUUGAUGCACACAUGAGAAUUCACAAUGGAGAGAAGCCAUUUACAUGUCUUCAGUGUGAGAAGAGUUUCUCAUUUCAAGUAGAUUUUAAUAGACAUAUGAAAAUACACACUGCAAUGAACCCUUUCCCCUGCCCUCAUUGUGGAAAAAGUUUUACAUUCAAAGCAGCCUUUACAAGUCACAUGAGAAUUCACACCAGAGAGAAGCCUUUUACAUGCGAUCAGUGUGGGAGGAGUUUUGGAAAUAAUAUCAACCUUAAUAAGCACAUGAGAAGUCACAUUGAAGAGAAUCCUUUAGCAACCCAUCAGUGUAAGAACAGUUUUAAACAUGAAAGAGACUGUAAUAUGCACAUGAGAAUUCAUACUGGAGAAAAGCCUUUCACAUGCAAUCAGUGUGGGAAGAGCUUUAGACAAGCGCAACAUAUCAAAACUCAUGUUUGCUCUCACUCUGAAGUGAGGACAUCUAAAAGUGAUCAGUGUGACACAAAUUUUACUUCUGCAUCAACCGAAAAAAUGCACCUGAGAAUUCAUGGAAAUAUGAAGCCAUACUUGUGUUCUCUUGAAGAAAAGAGUUUUAAAAAGCAGCAGAAAAAUCAUACUGCUGUGAGCGAUCAUGUCUGCUUAGAAUGUGGACGUGUGUUUUCUAGAAAAAAUAAUUUGGAACGGCAUCAAAGAAUCCAUACUGGUGAAAGACCAUUCAAGUGCUUAAUUUGUGGAAAGAGAUUUACAAUAUCAGGAAACCUGAAAGUACACGAGAGAGUGCAUACUGGAGAAAAGCCAUACCACUGCACUUCAUGUGGGAAGAGUUUUACCUAUUUUAAAUCUGUAAUGAGUCAUAGAGCAAAGUGUUGUCCAGAGUUGUUGAAGUGAGCAAACUCAAGGACAGAAAAUUCCCCUGUUGUGACUUUGCUUUGUUAUUUCUUCUGUUACCUUCACUGUAAAAAGUACUAUGUGAUAUAUAUUUAAUAAUUGAGUUAAUAAAUUACAUAUAAUAUUUUUAAGAAUGUUUUAAGCUUUUUUUUAUUUUUUAAGAAAUAUCCUUUAUAAAAUAAUAAUAUAAAGUAAAGACAUUCUGCUCACACCUAUUAAACAGAUAGUGGAAGUGUUCCUUUAAAGUCUUUCAAGUCCUGUCCAUUUUAAAGUGGACUUGGAGGGUGGUUCCUUGGGUUCAUUUUGGGUGAACACACCUGAUUCGACUCAUCAGGAGAGGCGACAUCCAAAGUGUGCAGUAUUGGCUAACACAGUCUCAUGGAGAAAUCGUACAGAUUCAUAAGAGUUGGCUAAAUCAUGGCUAAACCUUAAAUAAUCAUAUGAGUUGGAUCGUAUGAAUUAGUUCGACUUUUACACCAGCCUAUCCGGUGACUCUCCUUCGUUUCCUUCUAAAAUGCAACAAUUACAUUCUUUGCUGAUACACAACAUACUCUUUAUGUUUCAAAUCAUGCUUACAGACUCUACUCUAUGGUAAGGUUUAGAUAUGGGGUUUGGGUUAGGAGAUAAAAUCAAUAAGCACUUGCACAAUGACUGACAAUUGGAACUUCGCAUCGCUUACUUAUGCAUUACAUACCUUGGGAUGUGCACAUCUACAAUUCAUAUGAACAAACUCCAUUUUAUACAAUUUAGCCAUCUCUUUCUUUGAGACUUUUCAUGAGAUUGGGUUGGUGUAGGCGGUCUAUCCUAAAUGAAAUGAUGAAUUAAUUAUAUUCAUGCUAUAUAGCCAAAGGGGAACUGCCACCCCCCAAGGUUAUUUUUCUCCAUUAACUAAUAUCGUAUGAAGUCUUGUUUUCUUUACAACUAAAGACAAAAUUUGUUUAAAAGCAUUAUCUACAAUCUUGUAAUUCAUUUAAAACACACAAUAAUGACUUUUAGACAUUACAGACACCACAGCUUCAUUUUCUGUUUCAGCAUGAUUUUCUGUAAAUCUGCUUUGAAAAGAUGUGUGUUUUGAAAAGUGCUAUACAAAUAAAAAUGAU